GGCCAUGCUUCUUCAUGUACGUGUAUCAAAAAGCCUCCAGCAUCUUCAGGAUCGAUCUGCGUUGACAAAUCUGUCCUACUUCGGCCUGACACGUUUACACGUCUAGCACAAUCCAGAUAUACUACGCUUUUCCAGAUAAUUCCACGACACACUUGCGUGUGCACUACCUUAUCUCUACUACGAACUGCGGCUGAGGCUGUUCAAUGCCAGGUAUGUCUAUUCCCAUGACGGGGGGCGAGUCAUUGACAACGACAUCUUUGCACCGCAGUUCACGAACAUUUUGCUAUAAUAGGUCCGCUUAGUUUGAGGUACUUACUCCUCAUUACGCUCUGAGAUGCCUCAGUGGUCAACCUUCCAGUGUGAUGAGCCUGACUUUGUAGUACGCUCUAUCCCUGAUGGCGAUUGCUUCAAGGUACAGCGCCAAUGCCUCGAACAAGGAAGCAGCGUCUUUGGUGAUAUGUUUAGUUGUUGUGAAUCGGGUUAUGUAUUCGAUUCCCUCGAUGAAGACACCCAUACCCUCGACCUGAUGGAAUCGUCGACCAAUCUGAACCUUUUGUUUCGCUUUCUCCAUAAUCCCCCGGUACCCUACGAGGAGGAGAAAGCAGAGAAAUCACCUAUCAAAUCGAGCCGUAUUCAUUUGAUGUUUCCCCAGUCCGCCAUCCCAUUUCCCCUCAUCCCGUCUCUGCUCAAGCUCGCAGACAAAUACGCUCUUUCCCCAGAACUCACUGAGUGUUUAUAUUCGCAUCUAGCCUCCUACGCUUCGGUAUUUCCGUUACGCGUCUACGGUUACGCGGUGGAAUUAGGCCUUGACUCCAUCGCGGCCAAGACCAGCAUGUACUUGCUAGAUCCCCCUCUUUCGAGCUACUCCGUCGAAGACUUGAAAGCUAUACCUACUGCAGAAGCAUACCACAAGCUAGUCCUUCUGCACGACUUCCGGAUCAAGAGACUCCGUGAAAUUCUACGAGGCGAAUCCAUCUUUCCGCACGGAUAUGGAGAAUGCUCCAGGCAUGCUCAGAAGACUGUAUUUAUAUGGGAACGGAGGAAAGAGGAUAUUCUUCAUUUGAUAGAAGCUGCUACUGAUGUCGCCGCGGAAAUGGCCCAAGUCAAGGAAACGUUCGUUCAGUGUGAGACCUGUACUCGCGCAUGCACGGCAGCGCUAUCUAUGCUCGAGUACAAAUGCGCCAAAGUGCCCAAGAGAAAUGACAGAAUCCCAAUAUAAUGCUGAUAAAUGCUGGUAUGAAUACGUCUAUUCUAUGAAGACGACAAGGGGGUGAUUAGGCAGUAUCCCUUGUGCAGAAAACACCACUAAGCGUAUGGUACUCUACUUGUUAUGCCAUAAGAGCGUCCGAAGAUUCGACCAGCGAUCAGAAUCACGAUAGAGAUACGUCAUGGAAUUGAACAUCCCAGGUUGGAUGGUCUCUCCUCUCUCAUUGAAUAGCCACAUUACGGCCCCCCAGCACAAGGCCGCGAAUAUUGAGAAGUAUCGAGCGUCUGGGGGUACUGGACGGCCUGUUGACGAAGCGGUCGAUGACAUGGCGUAUGGGGUUGAGGCACGGGGUAUGAAGGAUGCGACUACCCGAGAGCAGACGUAUAGAACAAUCUAUUUUGCAAUAUAAGCAUGAGCCGUACGCCG